CGUCAAGCACAACACUAAAACAAGGAAAUCAGAUUUACAAGAUAUUUUUCAUGCUUUGUAAGCUCUGCUGGGAUGUCAUCCGAAAUAAACCAUAUGAAUUACAGCUCUAAUAAUCACGUAAUCCAUGUACUGCAAGAAAUGUUUCAUGUUUAAAGAAAACAUUAACUUUUUCGUGUUUCAGAGAUUGUUCAUUGAAAGUUUUGGUAAGGGGAGAUAACUCCUUUGUUAUUAAAAUGAACUUCUCAAGGCUUAUUUCUUUGGGGAAAAGAACCUUGAUAUCAACCAAUGUUCGCUUCAACAGAAAUUAUGUCACAAACAAUUCCACAGAUCUUCCAGACUACAACACAAGUGUGAAUGUUCAUGAGCAUAAACUUACCCGACCAGUUGCUAAGCCAGUAGCAGAGACACAGAAAUGGAAAGGGCUUCAAGACUUGAAAUCCAGAGCAAAGACGUCCCUUAUACCAGAGACAUUAAAAGAAAUGGAUGAAAAUGAAGAAUUCAAGAUCACAGCAGCUGAACUGAAAAGAUUAGGCCAAAAGAAACUUACAAAAGAAGAAAGGAAGAAAAGACAGAGAGCUUUAGAUCAUAUUGGAGUACCUGACUUUUUUACAUACUGGAAGGAGAAAAAUUUGGAAAAGGGAAUAAAAGUACAAGACAAAGCAUUGAGAAAAAAGACCAUAGAAUUUCUACAGGUCAACAUAGGAUUGUACUGUAACCAGGCAUGUAACCAUUGCCAUGUGGAAUCUUCUCCAAGGAGGAAGGAAAUGAUGGACAGAAAGACAGCAGACAGAUGUAUACAUGUCCUGGCAAAUAGUCCACAUGUGCACACACUCGAUAUCACAGGUGGAGCACCAGAACUAAAUGAUGAGUUUCGACAUCUUGCUGCUGCCGGGAGACAUCUUAAUAAAACUGUGAUUGUGAGAACCAAUCUGACAUCUUUGUUAGAGCCAGGACAGGAAGACACAUCUCAGUUCUUUGCAGACAAUGGUCUCCAUGUUGUAGCAUCAUUACCAUGCUACAGUGCUAAGAAUGUAAACACGCAGCGAGGAAGUGGAGUGUUUGACCGCAGCAUACAGGCUCUGCUGAUGUUGAAUGACAUUGGGUAUGGAAGGCCAGACACAGGACUUCAACUUGAUCUUGUUUAUAAUCCCCUGGGUGCAUUUUUACCUCCUCCACAACAAGCCUUAGAGGAGAAAUAUAAAGAAGAGCUGGAAGCAGUGUUUGGUAUAUACUUCAACAAGCUAUACACCAUCACCAAUACGCCUAUCAAAAGAUUUGCCGACUUUUUAUACAGAAGAAAUGAGUUAGCUGACUACAUGGAGUUGUUGGUACGGAACUACAACCUGGCUACAGUAGAUAACAUGAUGUGUCGUAACCUCUUGAGUGUGAACUGGAAUGGUCACUUGUAUGACUGUGACUUCAAUCAGCAGCUAGACCUAGGGAUGGUGGAUGCAGGUAUGAAAACCAUAUAUGAUAUAGAAUCUUGUUCAGAUCUGGAGGGUGCAGAAAUCACACUGGAUAAUCACUGUUAUGGCUGUACAGCAGGAAUGGGGUCCAGCUGACAGGGAACAACAGUCUAAUUGAUGCUGCUAAAUGCAAGCUCUUAGACUUACAAUCAACUGUUUUUAAAGGGCAUGUGUCAUACAAUGUUGACAUCGCUCUUGUGUGACAUCACAGAUGGAAUGAACUUUGCAUAUUUCUGGCUUCUACUCAAAGUUUGAUGCAUACAUUAUAUAAAAAAAAUGAAACCCAUUAUUGGUUGUAAACAAAUAAAUUAGAAGUGUUUUGAAAUAUGAAUUUAAUAGUACAUACAUAUUGAAGAGGUUGUAAUUUCAUACUUCCACGGGUAUAUGUUACAGUUCUAGUCUUAAAAACUAAAUUUUUUAGCCCAUUAUCAUAACUUUUACACCUGUUUUGUGCUAACUAGUCUCCUGUAGGUGUUAUACCAUUUGUUUUUAAUUUAUAGAAAAAUUAUGAAAUCUUGAUUUCUUUUGUAACCUCUGAAACUUGAAUAAAGGUAGGAGGUACAAAUAUCUAAUAUGGAAUUUGUUCAUUAAUUGGCCUAGAACAUCAGGAUAAAAAUGUAUACAUGUGUAUCAUUUUUGUAAGAACAACAAAAUUAAACUUUUUUUCAUAAAACUUGCAAAACAGAUAUAAUAGUCAUAUAUAUGAAAACAGGCAUUAUUCUGUUUGUGUGGGUUUUCUUUUGGUUAUUUUUCUUUUGUUUUAUUCAACUUGAACAAAAGAUGUUUGUAAUGGUAAUGCUGUAAUUUUAGCAGCAAUUUAUUAUAUGGUGCUUCAUAGUUUAAUUUGUAUAAAGGGUAUUCCAUAAGGACUGCAGCAGCCCUACUGUUUAUUACAGUAUGUGUCAGAAAAAUUGUUACUCACUUGCUGUGUAUGUGUAAUUCUUGGCCGAGGGAUUUGCCCUCACCAUUGUAGGUAGAAAAUCUCACUCGGGUAAAGAUUUGAAGAAGCAAUUUAACUAGCCUAUGGAAGGUUGUCAGUUCUACUUAUAUGCCCAUCUGUGUCUCGAGUAUUAUGUAGAGAGGUACCUGGGGUCAGGGAUCUUCCUCCAACAUUAAAGCUGCAAAGUCACAUUAGACCUAAAUUGUGUGGAUGUGAUUUAAAAUGGCAUAAUUCUGUUUAUGGAUAUCAUUUCCAGAACGUUGUCUUCAAGUAACUCACCAUAAAGAAAUAUUCAAUAUUUGAACAGAAGUAACCAAUAGUAAAAUCAAAAUUACUAAUCAAAAUAUAUAACAAAACAUUUACAUAUUUUGUUAGUGACUGGUGCAGUUUGGUAAGUAGAGGGCUAGCUAAAGUUCAUGUGGAAUUCCCUGUACAGACUUUCAGUCAUAAGACUACCUCAGCCAGUUUUAAAACAAUGUUGUUUUUUUUACUUUAGUAAGUCCUUCCAUUUGUUGUUUAUUGUUUACAAAUUUAAAGUAAUAACAAUGUGAUUCAGUGAAUUCUUGUCAAUAUUGUUUUCUAUGCCUAUUUUUCUCAACCAACUGAUUCACAUUUGUACAGUGUAAAUUAUCCAAUAUAUUUCCAUAUUGGAUACAUUUUAUUCUGUAUUAGGCAAUGCAGCAACUUUGAUUCUAAUCUUCAUGUUAACUAAACGAUGAAAGCCUUUGUCUGAUAAAAGUUUCUGCAUAAAAUUCAGUGUCAUUAAACGCUUAAACCCAACAUAUUGCCUUUCCUUUUAAUUGAGAAAAAUAAGCAAAGAAUAAAAAGAAUUAUUUAACAUUAUCCUGUAUAAUACGGGCUAUAUUUAGACUCUUACCCAUCCAAAAAUGAUAUUGAACUGGCCUAUUGGCUUGUAUAUUUUUUUUUAGAAUUCAGAUAUAUUGCCAAAUUGUAUAAAACAGUGAUAAAUAACCUAAUACUAUUCCAUACAAGUAUCUGUGCUGUGAUUUAUGAAGUUUUGAACUUAAAAUUGUAAUGGUUCUUGACUGAUGUGUUCAUUCCAGCACAGAAUUUAAAGUGUGCAAAGAUUAUUACUUUCAUUUGUAUGAGUAGUUAUUUCAAAUGUUUGUGCUUAACUCUGUGUGCGUAUCUCCUCAUUGUAUUUAAUGUCUUCAUUAUGUAUUACUUUGUGUAUCAAGGGAGAUAACCUAUAAAAACUUUGUAAUCAGUUAAGGCUCUUAAUGCAAUGGAUAUUUUUAAUAAAUCCGUCGCCACAAUUGGUGGGAGGGUUUUAGGAAUGGUCUCUGUCCGUCCUUCUGUCCAUCUGUCCGUAACAAUUGUAUCCGGUCCAUAUAACUUAAACCCCUUGAAGGAUUUUCAUGAAACUUGGGUCAAAUGAUCACCUCAUCAAGAGGAUGUGCUGAACUUAUGAGUCAGCCAUGUCGGUGCAAGGUCAAGGUCACAACUCAAGGUCAAAGGUUUGAGACUUCCAUUUUGUAUCCGCUCUGUAUCUCCUAAACCCCUUGAAGGAUUUUAAUAUGACUUGGCUGUUAUAUUCCCCUUAUCAAGACGAUGUGCAGAACUGAAAAUUCACCCAUGCCAGCUCAAGGUCAAUGUCACAACUCAAAUAUAUGAGCCUUCAAUUUCCUGUCCCCUCCUUUUCUGCUAAACCACUUGAAGGAUUUUCUUGACACUGGUGAAGUGUUCACCUUAUUGAGAUGGUUUGCAAAACCCAUGAGUUAUAUUCCAUAACAGAUCUACUUGCCAGAGUUUCAUUGAUGAAUUAUAUACUCAUGAUUCUUUUUAUAUUAUACUUAUUCCUGCGAACUCUCAGCAUAUCGCUUGGAACAAAUUCUUUGAUGUUGUCAUACAUGGACUAUAAAAUAUACUUAACAACGUCAAUGCUUCCACCCAAUACCAUCAACCCUUCCACUAUCCAUAACAGCGGCGGGGGAAAUAGCUGUAUUUCAGACUGCCUUGUUCUGUAUAGUAAAUCAUUGUAAUUAAUGACUUCAUUAUUAGGGCCUCCGUGGCCGAGUGGUUAAGGUCGUUGACUUCAAAUCACUUACCCCUCACCUAUGUGUGUUCAAGCCUCACUCGGGGUUUUGAAUUCUUCAUAUGAGAAAGUCAUCCAGCUGGCUUAUGGAAGUUCGGUGGUUCUACCCAGGUGCCCGCCCAUGAUGAAAUAAUGCACGGAGGGGAACCUUGUGUCUUCCUCCACCAUCAAAGCUGAAAGUCGUCAUAUGACCUAUAAUUGUUAAAUGUUAAACCCAACAAAAAAAAUGUCUUUAUUAUUAUUAUUAUUGUUAUUACUAUUAUUAUUACUUCAUGUAUCAAGGGCGGUAACCUGUAAACGCGUGUUAAUCAAUUAAGGCUCUUAAUGAAAUGGAUAUUUUUGUACCCCCCGACAACAAAGUUGUAAGGGGGGGUAUACUGGUUUCAGGUUGUCUGUCUGUCUGUCUGUCCGUCUGUCCGUAGACGCAAUCUUGUGCGCACCAUCUCUCCUUAUCCCCUUGACAGAAUUUAAUGAAACUUCACACAAGUGAUCAGUACCAACAGUAGUUGUGCAUGGGGCAUGUUAGGUUCUUUUAGAAAAAAAAAUUGCAGAGUUAUGGGACUUUGUUUUUUUGUUACUAUACUAUAUACAUAGACACAAUCUUGUGCGCACCAUCUCUCCUCAUCCCCUUGACACAGUUUAAUGAAACUUCACACAAGUGAUCAGUACCAACAUUAGUUGUGCAUGGGGCAUGUUAGGUUCUUUCAGAAAAAAAAUUUGCAGAGUUAUGGGACUUUGUUUUUUUGUUACUAUACUAAAUACAUAGAAACAAUCUUGUGCGCACCAUCUCUCCUCAUCCCCUUGACACAAUUUAAUGAAACUUCACACAAGUGAUCAGUACCAACAGUAGUUGUGCAUGGGGCAUGUUAGGUUCUUUUAGAAAAAAAAUUUGCAGAGUUAUGGGACUUUGUUUUUUUGUUACUAUACUAUAUACAUAGACACAAUCUUGUGCACACCAUCUCUCCUCAUCCCCUUGACACAAUUUAAUGAAACUUCACACAAGUGAUCAGUAACAACAGUAGUUGUGCAGGGGGCAUGUUAGGUUCUUUCAGAAAAAAAAUUUGCAGAGUUAUGGGACUUUGUUUUUUUUUGUUACUAUACUAUAUACAUAGACACAAUCUUGUGCGCACCAUAUCUCCUCAUCCCCUUGACACAAUUUAAUGAAACUUCACACAAGUGAUCAGUACCAACCCUAGUUGUGCAUGGUGCAUGUUACAUUCUUUUAGAUAAAUAUUCUGCAUAGUUAUGGGACUUUGUUUUUUGUUACUAUACUGUAUACAUACAUUCUAUAUACAUACAGUCCACAUAAUUAUGCAAUCUUGUGUGCGUCAAAUUGCAAUGUACUGUGUCAGUGCAUGCGGGGGGUACAUUCAUCACCUUUAGUGAUAGCUCUAGUUGAUUCUGCAAUCAAUAAUGUCUAUGCAUCUAAAAAAUGUGGUUAUCAGUUAAGGCCCUUUAUGAAAUAAAUAUUACAAUAUACAUGUAAAAAAAUCUUAAUUAUUGUAGAAAAUAACUGUUGAUCAUUAUUAUCUUAUCUUUGGAUGUUGUUUUCUAUGUAUAUACAUAAAUGAGCCGCACCAUGAGAAAACCAACAUAGUGCAUUUGCGACCAGCAUGGAUCCAGACCAGCCUGCGCAUCUGAGCAGUCUGGUCAGGAUCCAUGCUGUUUGCUUUCAAAGCCUAUAGCAAAUAGAGAAACCAUGAUCAGCAUGGAUCCUGACCAGACUGCACGGAUGCGCAGGCUGGUCUGGAUCCAUGCUGGUCGCAAAUGCACAAUGUUGGUUUUCUCAUUGUGCAGCUCAAAUGCUUUUUAACACAAUCUGCUUUUAAUAUGACAAUACUUCGAAAAUAUUGCUUGUUAAACUAGACAUAUCCAAAGAAUCUGUUGUUUAAUAUCAUAUUCAUGCUAAACCUUUUUAAAAUUAACUUUUAUUAAAAUUGAACCAUUUUCAUUCACCUUUUAACCAUACUGAAAUGCUGUUUACAUAACAGCAAAAAAGUAAAUUGUUUCUAGACCAUUUAUUUGUCAAAUAAUGAAGUCAGAAAUUUACUGGAUGAAGUCAGAAAUUUACUGGAUGAAUUUAAAUGCCCCAUUCAUUUUUCUCAGGUAUAACAAAUAAUAAAUGUUUUAUAAUGCAUAUAAAGUAUUUGAUUCAUAACCUUUUUCAGCAUUAUUUCCUGUUCACAUAGAAAGGAAAAUUCUAUAUUUUACAAAUGGACUGUUGUAUUCACAUUUUUAUAGUGAGUUUGUUAAUUGUAGUCAUAAGUUAUAAUGGUUAUGUUGUUGUUUUUUUUGUACAGUACCUCAGGAGAGUUGCAUUUAUUAAACUUUUCUAUAUAUAUAUAAAUUAUUCUGAAAAAAAAAUCUAGUCUAAAGGUAUUCAAAAUUAACUUAUUGAUGAUCUUGUGAAUAUAUCUAUUUCACAAAGAUUGUCAGGCCGUGAAAUUAUCUAGUUAUGAAACUCUGUCAAACCUUUACUAAAGACAACAUGUUUCAUUUCUUAGGUAGAUAUUUGCAUUAUAUUUUCACCAGUGAAUGAAACAUGGUCUUUAUAUCAAAGUUUGACUGUGUUAAGAUUUGGUUGGGACGACCGUCUCCAGGUAGUGAGCCUGUUACGACAGUCAGCAAAUGAUAUAUUCUUGGUACGUGACUUCAGCAGUCUUGGGUUUAUACAUGUUAUAAUCUGUAAAAAGAUCCUUUGGAAGCAUAGAAUGCAACCAAGUACCAUAAAAUAAUAACAGUCUCAGUUUGAAUGAGUGUAUUCAUGAGAGAUAAAUGGAAAGUGCAAUGCCCCUCACAACCCCCUAGCACCAGCUGGAGUCAUGUUGGUUUUGAGCUACUUUAUGUCUGAAGAAUGCCAAAUUUCUGAACAAGAGUACUAAGUCCUUAUCAUGCUCGCCACAAUUAAUUCUGCCUUUGCAACCAGUGUAGAUCACUGUUUGCCAUUCAGUCAGUAUCCUUUUGGUAAGCACCCCUUUUAACAGUUAAUGGUACUGUCCCAAAUGAAAGAUGGACAAGUUCAUUAUAGAAAUUUAGCAGGGUAAGGGCUAGUUGCACGGAAAGUGCAGAUUGUCAUUACGGGGUCACUGCUGUAAACAGAUUCCACUGCUUUGCUGUUGAUGUUUUUGGAUGAAUUUCAAAGUUUAUGUUUAUAUUGUAUUAAAAUAUAUAUUAUUUAUACAUCUGCUAUUCUUGAAUAUAAUAGUCAAUGCCAGCAUCUAAGCAGAGUCAUAUAAUUAGUGAUAAAAUGUCAUGAUUUGAUUGUGGAGCCAGAAACUGUUACUGACCAUAAAGAAUGACAUCAUAUUAUAUUGUUACACAGUGUCACAUUUUGCACAAUUUAAAGUCAUAACACCAACAAUAUAACCAACUGUUGCAGAUAUGUUCAAUCCUUUCCACAAGUAGAAUUGGAGAUGAUGAGUUCCUGUUGUAAAACACUUCUUGCCUUUGAGGUUUAGUCAGUAUGAUUUAUCAACCUGGGGAAAGUAAUACCAACCUCAGGCUUUUCUCUCAGUCAAUAUCACUUCUCCUAGGUCGAUAAAUUUUCAUAUAGACCUCACUUAAAUGCAAUAAUUUUAUGAUUCUUUCUGUUGUAAUAUUUGUGUUAGUUCUGUAGAGGAUAAGUGGUUAUUUUUGUAACAUUUAUAAUAGUGUUUGUUAUUGUCACAUAUGCUCAAAAAUAACUUAUAGUUUAAAAAUUCUAUUCAUAUUCAGUUUGGUUAAUAAUUUUGGUGCUUAGUUUUGAAAGGGAAAUAAAUUGUUGAAUUUUA